UGGCAGAAGGAUAAUGCAGCAAGCUUUCCAUGAUUACUGUUCUGUCUGAAACUGGCAAUGAAGAGUUGGAGGUGACGUCAGAUGCAGAGCCGGUGUCUUGUCAGUUUCGCAGACUCGCACAUAUUGUGUUUAGCCUUAUGGAUCCCUGCUCGACUUUAGAAACCGCUGCCAAACUCGAACAUGAAUCAAACCAACUCGGGAAACCUCAGUAGUCCUCACCCCGGAUCCGUGGACGAGCUGAUCAUAACCUCCACAUUCGGGACCCUGCUGUCUCUGGUGUACGUGGUGGGGGUGUCCGGCAAUGUCUACACACUGGUGGUGAUGUGUCAUUCCAUUCGUUUCGCCGCUUCCAUGUACAUUUCAAUUAUCAACCUUGCCCUCGCCGACUUGCUUUACCUGUCCACUAUUCCCUUUGUGGUGUGUACCUACUUUCUGAAGGACUGGUACUUUGGGGACGUCGGCUGCCGCAUUCUUCUAAGCUUAGACUUACUGACCAUGCACGCCAGCAUUUUCACGCUGACUGUGAUGUGCACUGAGCGUUAUUUGGCCGUUACCAAGCCUCUGGACACUGUUAAGCGCUCAAAAGGUUAUCGGAAAGCUACCGCUGGUGGAGUGUGGCUACUUUCUCUGCUCCUGACAUUGCCAAUGAUGAUCAUGGUUAACCUACAGACGACCAAGAAGGACAACGGGGUGAAAAGAAUGUGCGCUCCGACCUGGGGUCCCGAAGCUUACAAAAUUUACCUUACAGUUCUUUUCAGUACAAGCAUAAUGGCACCAGGUGUAAUUAUAGGCUACUUAUAUACCAAGCUCGCCCGCACCUACCUGGAGUCCCAGAGAAACUCUGUUACAAACAAGGGACAUAUAAAGCGCUCACCGAAGCAGAAGGUGCUAAUUAUGAUCUUCACCAUUGUGCUCGUGUUCUGGGCUUGCUUUCUGCCUUUUUGGAUAUGGCAGCUGCUGCCUCUUUACCACAAACCGCUGCGACUACCCUCUCACACCCAGACCUGUAUUAAUUACUUGGUUGCAUGUCUGACCUACAGCAAUAGCUGCAUUAACCCCUUUUUGUACACGCUGUUGACCAAGAACUACCGGGAAUACUUGAAAAACAGACACCGGAGUUUCUACCGCUACACGUCCGCUUUCAAAAAACGACCCCCCAGCUUGCACUCCUCGUGGGGAAAAUCUGUCUCCUCUAGUAACCAGUUCGACUUCCCCUCCGACACUUUUGUAAUGGGACAACUGAAGGCGCAUUAGUGAACUCCGCUACUGGUGGCUUGGGUGGUGAUAGCUGCCUUUACAAGUAAGCUCAUUAAUUCUCUCCUGCUUAUCGAAGAAACGCGUUUUGGUCUGCUAUCAAGAUAAAUUAGCUUCACCAACCAAGUGUAUCGAAUCAUUAUGGUAAUCAUCUUAUCCUUAUUCCUCCUUGUCCUUCUCCGGAAUGUUUGUCCAUAAAUAAUUUAUGU